UAUCGAAAUCAUAAUUUGUCUGAAAGUGAGAAAAUUAUUGAUUAACACUUCCAACUGUAGCUGCGUAGAACGUCCGAUUUAAAUAGAAAUUUCUACCAUUAGAAAUUUAUUAAGUUUUGAGUUCGGUAACUCAGAAGUGUAUUUAUGAGUACAAACAUUGCAUCUAUUAGGCUUACAAGUUUCUUUUGAUUAUUUUAAGAUGGGCUCAUUUGUGGGAAAAUCAGUGGAUGAAAAUUUCAAAAAAAAUCAAGAAUUUAUGAUGCAGUUGCAAAGAUUACAGCUGGAAAGACAAAUUCACAUGAGGAAUCAAAUCCGAGAAAGGAAAUUGGCUUUACAAAUUGCAAAAAGUAGAGAGUGUUUUUACUGGUUGGGAGCUUUUUAUGUGUUGGCUGCUGGAUCAAUGAUUGCUGCAUUUCAAAAAACCAAGAAGCCUAUAACAUUAUCUGCCCUGUUGCCUUUAACAUUUAUUGUUCUAUAUCAAGGAGAUCUUGCAUAUGGAAAUAAACUUCAACGAAUAACUAGUGAAGCAGAAAAUAUUCUGCAGUUUGAAGAAAACUUACUGCAUUUACCUCUGGGUCUUCCAAAUUUUGAGUCAAUUGAAGAAGGCCGCCAAGAGCAGCAAGAUGAAGAAUCUUUGACUAAAGCACAUGAUAUAUUCCUCUAA